AUGCAAACAGACAUUCCGUUAUUGAAGGCCAUAGGGCCACCACCUGCUGAGCCGUGCAGCAGCAGCAGCAGCAGCAGUAGCACGAGCAGCAACAGCAGCAACAGCAGUAGCAUAACUUGUUGCGAUAACAACACCACCACCAACACCACCACCACCAACAACAACAACAGCAACAGCAACAACAGCAACAGCAACAGCAACAACAACAACAAUAACAAUAACAACAACAACAGCAGCAGCAGCAGCAGCAGCAGCAGCAGUUGUGGCGGUCGUCGUUGUUGCAGCAGCAGCAGCAGCAGCCGUCGUUUAACCCUUCCGAUACCAAAGAGGAGAAAUCCUCUUCGUUGCGAAGAUGAAUUGCAGCAGCAGCAGCAGCAGCAGCAGCAGCAGCAGCAGCAGCAGCAACAUCUUCAUCUGUUGCAUCAGCAGCAGCAUCAGCAGCAUCAGCAGCAAGUACAGCAGCAGCAGCAGCAAGUACAGCAGCAGCGACUGGAUAAAUUAUGUCGCCCUUUUUGUCUCUCUUCUCCUUCUCAUUCAUCAGAGGCGUCAACAGCAGACGAACUUGAUGAACAUCUACAGGUACCAUCAGCAGCAGCUGCUGCAGCAGCAGCAGCUGCAGCAGGAAUAACAGGUGCAACAGCAACAACAGCAGCAGGAGUAACAGGUACAACAAAAGGAUUAGUAACAACAGGUGUAUCAUCAACAAGUACAACAACAACAUUAUCCUUAGCAACAACAACACCAACAACAAAUGCAGCAGCAGCAGCAGCAAGUGCAGCAGCAAGUGCAGCAGCAGCAGCAGGAGGAGGAGGAGAUAAAUAUCAGCAGCAGCAGCAACAGCAGCAGCAGCAGCAGCAGCAACAGCAACACAAACAGCAGCAACAGGUAUAUCAUCAGUACCUUUAUCAAUACAAGACAAUAUUACAUACAUCAAUAGAACCACAAUAA